AUGGUACAGACGCAAUUCUGUAAGAAGGUCAAGUUCGUGCGACACGACGGAGCUCGCGAGUUUGCAACCAACUCGCUUCAACUGUUCUACGAAGACGAAGGCAUUGAACAGCAGACAACGGUGCCGUAUGCACAUCAAACAAACGGAACAGCAGAGCGUGCCAUUAGGACUAUUGUCACGAUCGGCCGCAGCAUGCUUCAUCAUGCCAAACUGGACAAGUGUUUCUGGGCCGAAGCAGCGAUGACGGCCAUCUACGUCAAGAAUCGACUGCCGUCACCUAAAGUCGUGCACAAGACCCCGUUUGAGAUCGUCUACAACUUGAAACCAAGCGUCAAGCACAUGCGAACAUUCGGGUGUCAGACAUACAUACUGACGCCUAAAGAGAAUCGACUCAAGUGGGAUCCAAAGGCUCGCGCUGGCAUAUUCGUGGGCUACGAAGAAGUUUCGAAGGCAUAUCGUGUUUAUGACAUCGAGGCGGGGCAGCUGCGUCAAAUGGAGUACAAGCAAACAGGCAAGCGCAAGAACCGACUCAAUGAUGAAGAUACAGCAGCUCCACGACCGCGUGCAGUGCGUCAACGACCAGGACUAGAAGAGUCAAGCGCGCCGGAAAACAACUCGUCACGACAAGAAGAAGACGAAGAAACGAAGGAUUCUGGUGAUUCAACACCGCCUGUGUUUUGGCGUGCGAGUGCAAAUGCCGUUGAAGCAGCAGUGGACUUAUCAGAACCCUCAACAUUUGAAGCAGCAGUAAGCGGCCCUGACCAAGUGCACUGGAGAAAAGCAAUUCAUGCAGAGCUCGAGUCAAUGCGACUUCGCGGUGUGUUUCGUGCAGCCAAGCUGCCCAACGGACAACGCGCCAUUGGCACAAAAUGGGUGUUCAAGAUCAAGCGCAAGGCGGAUGGGUCAAUCGAGAAGUACAAGGCACGACUUGUGGCCAAGGGUUUCCGCCAAAAGUAUGGCAUCGACUACACGGAGACGUUUUCGCCUGUGGUCAAGUAUGUGACGCUGCGAAUGGUGAUCGCAAUUUCCAAGCAUUUUGAUGGCCCAUCGACCAGCUUGAUGUGGUGA